AUGCCUCUUUACAGCUCUGCAUUCCCCGCCCUGCACGUCUCCUUUCAGUGCUCCAAGGCAAGCCCGGCUCCCUCAUCGCCAGACGGAGCCCCCGGCAAGCAUCCCAACAAGCGCGGGCUGCUGCCCGGCAGCGGCGGCAAGAAGGCCAGGCAGCCCGGGCUGUACGAGGUGCGGGUGGUGACACCGCCACCACGCUCACUCGGCAUCUACGCGCUGCCGCCCAACACGCAAUGCGGCGAGGAAAUCGACGUGGAGGGCGCCAGCUACGUCGUGACAACCGUUGUACUGCAAUAUAAACUUCGGGGCGGCAAGUACGUCCGGGACCACAACCGUCUAGACGUACAGCCCACGGGGCGAUGGCUUGUGAACCAAAUGCUAGAGGACCUGAUUAAGGCUCGCUACGUGGGCCCCACAGGCAACCAGGACUGA